UUAUCUGUGUAUUUCCCUUUUUGCAGACACACGAUGAGUACACUGAUGCAAGAUACAGCUAGCUGAACAGAUAUAAAAUGCCAAAAUUUGGGUCCACAAAAGCAGUUCAAAUUGAAAAUUCUGACAGUGACAGUACGAUGGUGGAGAAACCAACUGCAAGAAAGAGCAAGGACAAGAUUGCAUCCUACAGCAAAACUCCAAAAGUGGAUAGGAGUGAUGUUGGGAAAGAAAUGAAAGACAAGUCUUCCAUGAAACGUAAACUUCCGUUUACUAUCAGUCCAUCCAGAAAUGAAGAUCGAAAUUCAGACACAGAAAAAGAAGGCCCAGAGAAGAAGAAAAUGAAAAAGGAACCCGGAAAUAAGAAGGCAGCACCAGUUAGCAUUCUUUUUGGUUAUCCACUUUCGGAGCGCAAACAGAUGGCCCUUCUUAUGCAGAUGACAGCGAGAGACAACAGUCCAGAUGCCACACUAAACCAUUCUUUGCAGACGACUCCAACACAAAAGAAAACACCAAGUUCCUCAUCAAGACAAAAAGACAAAGUUAAUAAGAGAAAUGAACGAGGGGAAACCCCUUUACACAUGGCUGCUAUUCGAGGGGAUGUUAAACAAGUUAAAGAGUUAAUCAGUCUAGGAGCAAAUGUAAAUGUAAAGGAUUUUGCAGGUUGGACACCCCUGCAUGAAGCUUGCAAUGUUGGUUAUUAUGAUGUUGCUAAAGUCUUAAUAACAGCAGGGGCUGAUGUGAACACACAAGGAUUGGAUGAUGAUACUCCACUUCAUGACUCUGCAAGUAGUGGACAUAGGAACAUUGUGAAGCUGCUGCUUCGACAUGGUGGAAAUCCUUUUCAAGCCAACAAACAUGGAGAGAGACCGGUCGAUGUAGCUGAAACAGAAGAGUUGGAAAUGCUAUUAAAAAGGGAGGUGCCUAUUUCUGAUGAUGAAGACAGUUGCUCAGAUUCUGAAGAAGCUCCAUCUGUAAAUCCUUCCAGUGUAGAGGGGAAUGCUGAUUCAGAAGUAGAGAAAGAAUCUCUAGUCAAUGACAACAAACAGAUGGUCCCUAGUAAGGCACCAGUUUCAUCUGCUCUUGAUGAAUAUGAGUUUAAAGAUGAUGAUGAAGAUGAACUUAAAAAAAUGAUUGAUGACAGACAUAUUCUUAGAAAGGAUCUAAGGAAAGAGGAUGAGUCUGAAGUAGAAAAGAAUAAUUUAUUUGUAAAACAAGAAAAAGGUGUUUUUCCAAAAUUUAAAAGUAAAAAACAGAAGCCAUCAAGAGUUUUGUACUCAAGUUCUGAAAGUUCAGAUGAAGAAAUUCUUCAGGACAAAAAGAUUGUCUCUCCUUGUUCUAUCUCAGAAACUUCGAACUCUGAUGUAAGAAUGAAAAAAGAAUAUAUUGUUUCAAGUGAACACAAACAAAAAGGGAAAGUUAAAAGGAAAUUAAAAAAUCAGAGUAAAAAUAAAGAAAAUCAAGAACUAAAGCAAGAAAAAGAAAAUGCUAGAGUAACAAACCUAGCUAGUCCUGGAUUAGAUUCUUUAGAUAAAGCCAGAGAGGAGGAAACUUUUAAAAAGUCUUUCAGCCCAAAAGAAGAUUCUUCAUUACACUUGUUUCAUAUCUCUGCUGGAAAAUCUCCCAAGCAUCCCUGUGGAUUAAGUGAAAAGCAGUCAACACCACUAAAGCAAGAAAACACUAAAACAUGCUUAUCACCAGGAGGUUCUGAAAUAACAUUACAGUCCGAGUUAGUUCGGUAUGAUCAUAAUACAGAUUCUGAAUACCUAAUGGAAAGUUCUAGUGGAAAAUCUUGCAAACAUAAAGAAAAAAGCAAACAUCAUCAGAAAGAGUUUCAAUUAGAUUUUGGAGAAAAAUCUAGUCCUAAAAUUAAAGAUGAAGAUAAUAGUCCAACAUUUGAAAAUUCAGACUGUAUGCUGAAAAAAAUUGAUAAGGAAGGCAAAGCUCUUAAAAAGCAUAAGCUGAAGCAUAAAGAAAGAGAAAAGGACAAACACAAAAAAGAACAAGAGGGGGAAAAGGAGAAACAUAAGCACAAAGAUAAUGCUAAAGAGGUCCAAAGAAAUAUUGAAUUUGAUAGAGAAUUUUGGAAAGAGAAUUUUUUUAAAAGUGAUGAAACUGAAGAUAUAUUGUUAAACACAGAACAUGAAUCUCAGUCCUCAGACAGAAAAUCCAAGUUGGAAAAAACUACAGCAAAAGAAGAUAAAUUAGGAAAAGAGAGACACUUCCAGAAAGAGAGAAGUUUAAAGGAGGAGAAAGAGAGAGAAAAAAACAAAAAGGAAAAUGAGAGAUUAUUUAAAGAAGAAAAAAUCAAAGAUAUAAAAGAAGAAAGAGAAGUCAUGUUCACAGAUAAAGAAACAGAACUGCUGUGCUUAAGUACAGGUCUUAAAGAUGAGCCAACUAGCACACAUCUAGUAGAAAAAGAAGUGGAUACUGAAAAGCAGGAAAAAAACUUUAAGGAAAAUAAAGAGAAAGUUGAAAAGCGAGCCUUGGUUAAAGAAAAAGACACUGAGAAGAUAGAAAGAAAAAAUGUAGAUAAAGAAAAAAAGAUAAAACAUGACUAUAAGCCAGAAAAAGAGAGAACAGAACUAAAUGAAUGUAUAGAAAAAGCAAAGGAAAAACCAUAUUCCCAGCAAGUGGACAAAUGCCAUAAAGAAAAUGAUAAGAUAAAAAGUUUUGGUACUGUUAAAAAGCUUGAUGAAAAAGAAAGAAGCAAAGAAAAACUUGAUAAAAAAUAUGAUAAAGAAAAGAUUGAAAGCAAAGAAAAACACUGCAUAGAGAGAAAAGUCAAACAAUCAGAAAAAGAUGGUGAAUAUGGUAAACCAGAAAAAGGUAAAAAUAAAGACAGAGAGCUUGAAAAAAAGGAAAAAUCCAGAGAUAAAGAUGGCUUUGCUGUAGCCAGCUCUAAGCACUUGCAAGAUGAAAGGCGAUGUAAUACUACAGAAAGUAGUAAGGUAAUGCAUGAAAAAUUUCUGUCCUUGAAAGAGAAAGUAAAAGAUGAAUUGCUGAAAACUCCAGAUGGGAGAGAGAAAGAUAAGAAGGAUAAAGAUAUAGAUCGAUACAAAGAACGAGACAAGCAUAAAGAUAAAACUCAGCAAAAUAAUUUACUUAAACUGAAACUUGAACCUGAGAAACCUAAACCUAAAUCAUCACCUGCACCAAAGGAUACUCGACCUAAGGAAAAACGAUUAGUAAAUGAUGAUUUAAUGCAAACUAGUUUUGAAAGAAUGCUUAGCCUUAAAGAUCUGGAAAUUGAACAGUGGCAUAGGAAGCAUAAAGAAAAAAUCAAACAAAAGGAGAAGGAAAGAUUAAGGAAUCGGUCCUCUUUAGAACUUAACAAGAUAAAAGAUAAAGAGAGAACAAAACAUUCGGUAACUGACUCAAAAAACAAAGAGCUGAUUCGUUCAAAAAGCUCAGAGCUGUCAGACGUUUACAUGAAAGAAAAGCAGCUGAAAGAUGCUACAAGUGGUAGAUCACAGUCUGUGGACACAAAGAACUUAAACACUGGAAAGUUGUCGUUAGUUUUAGACAGUAACUUAAACAGAUCCCCUAAAUCAGAAAGUGAAAAGACAGGUCUAAGCUCCAGAUCAGUGUCCAUGAUUUCAGUUGCUAGUUCAGAAGAUUCAUGCCAUACUAUAGUAACUACUCCAAGACCUGUAGUUGAAUAUGAUUCAGAUUUCAUGCUUGAAGGUUCUGAUUCCCAAAUGUCCUUUACACAAUCACCGUUUUUGGUUAGUGCCAAAUCACCAGCCCUCCUUGAAAGAGAGGCCGAUAGCCUUGCAGAGUUGCCAGACCGCAUUAAGCCACCUUUUGCAAAUAGACUUCCACCAGCCUAUAUUAGAUCAGCUUCUGUUGAAGAUGUUAAACUGGUUUUAAGUGACUGUAGACCUGUUGUAGAAGUACGAAGGUGUAGUAUGCCUGCUGUUAUUCCUGAACAUACAAAACAGCCUAGAAUGUCUGAAGAAAAUAAUCAGAAUGUUCUGUUAGCAGCGCCAAGUCAUGUUUGCAGUUCCCCCAAACAUGAAAUACCUUCUAGUUUACCUGAAAGGGAUUUUCCAAAUAGUACAUCUAAUUUGCAUUCCAGUUUUGCAUCUUCUCCAUCUAGAAGUGGUUGCAACAAGCAUGUUACAUCAGAUAUAAAUAUUAUUAAACCUACUGCUCAGAUGAGCCCUUCAGAAGAAAAUAAUGUGCAUUUAGAGCUGUGUAAUCAGAGUAGUAUGACUCAGCAACCUAAACCAUGGGAUGUGCCUUUUGACAGACUUAAUUCUUUAAACAAUGAGUUUAACUGCUCAAGUUACAGGGUGUCAGAACAAGAUAGUGUUGCAGCAUUGCAUAAUUCUGAAAACAGGACCGUUAAAGAGCAGAAAUUGUCUGACUUUUUACCUCAACAUGCUGAAAUUAUGGGAAGUUCCAGUUUUCAGGAAUCUGCAUCAUUUUUGCCUUCACAGUCACCCAGCUCUUUGCAUAUCCAGCCACCUCCAGAUACAGAGUGUCCAUCCAAAAAUACAUCUUUACUAGGUAUUAGCAAUCAAGAGCCAAUGUUUGUGCAACAGCAACAAAACAUAAUUCAGAUAACCAAUUCUGCUUUGGAUACAGACACUAGUAGUACAGAAGAGACUGAAAAUACCUUAUUCCCCUCAAAUAUUAAAAAGGCUGAUAUACAUAUAAAUGUAUAUCCUGAGAGCUCCACAAGGAGUGUUUCACAGAAUUUUGAAAGAGCAAAUACUCUCUGUGUGUUGUUGUCUGAAAAGGAUGUUACUACAAAUACUGGUUCACAAUUAAAUGCAAAUUCAUAUACCUUCAAUAAGCUUGUUUACAAGAAUUCUCAAGCUGAUGAAGUGGAUAGUAGCACAGCUGAAUCUCAAGAAAUCAGAAAUGAAAAGGUCCAACAAGAAAAUUUUGUUUCAACUCAUGAGGUUAAUAAUAGAACUGACAUUGAUCUAUGUGAAUUAAAUACAGGCAUACCAAAAGGAAUUAUGAAUGAAUCUGCUAAUAAAAAAAAUUGCUCUGUAGAUAGUGGAGAAAUUAUUUUGGCAGAUGAUCUACCACAGUACCCUUUAUCUCAUUCGGAAAAUGGUUCACAACACGCUGCCCAGGAAGAUGUGCAUAAAUACAAUGAAACAGUUAAGCUAGAAGCAGAAGAAACUGAGGAUCAUAAGGCAGAGCAGCAAGAAGUUCCUCAAAGAAUUACUAGAAAUAGAGCAAAUAUGCUUGCUAACCAGAGUAAGCAAAAUCUUGUUGGCUGUCCACAAACAUCAGAAAAAGAAUCUGAAUCGUCUGCAUCUCUGAAAGGAAGGAUAAGAUUAACCGAGGAAGACGAUGCUCAGGUCCACCAUCCACGUAAAAGAAAAGUGUCACGUGUUCCUCAGCCUGUACAAGUGAAUCCCUCUUUACUUCAAGCUAAAGAGAAAACACAGCAAUCUCUGGCAGCUGUUGUAGAUUCCCUGAAACUUGAAGAGAUUCAGCCAUACAGUUCGGAGAGAGCAAAUCCAUAUUUUGAAUAUUUACACAUAAGGAAAAAGAUAGAAGAAAAGCGUAAACUAUUAUGUAGUGUUAUCCCUCAGGCACCUCAGUAUUAUGAUGAAUAUGUGACAUUCAACGGAUCAUACUUACUGGAUGGCAAUCCCUUGAGCAAGAUAUGCAUUCCAACUAUUACGCCACCUCCUUCACUGUCAGAUCCACUUAAAGAACUCUUUAAACAACAGGAAGUUGUGAGGAUGAAAUUACGUUUACAGCACAGUAUUGAAAGGGAAAAGCUUAUUGUAUCCAAUGAACAAGAAGUUCUACGUGUCCAUUACCGAGCAGCAAGAACGUUAGCUAAUCAGACACUACCAUUCAGUGCCUGCACUGUACUGCUGGAUGCUGAAGUUUAUAAUGUGCCUCUGGAUUCUCAGGCUGAUGAUAGUAAAGCAUCUGUUAGAGAUCGAUUUAAUGCAAGGCAGUUCAUGUCAUGGCUACAAGAUGUAGAUGAUAAAUUUGACAAAUUGAAGACAUGUCUUUUGAUGAGGCAGCAGCAUGAAGCAGCAGCUUUAAAUGCAGUACAGAGACUGGAAUGGCAGCUCAAACUACAGGAACUUGAUCCUGCUACUUACAAAUCUAUCAGCAUUUAUGAAAUUCAGGAGUUUUAUGUUCCUCUUGUUGAUGUUAAUGAUGACUUUGAAUUGACACCAAUUUGAUAGCUACCAUCUCUCUUUCAGUCUACAACUUUAAAGUGAUGUACCAUGAUGGACAGAAAUUUAUCUGUUGAGCUCUAGCACUUCCGUCUGUGGAGUACCACUUUUUCAGUAAUCCAGGUAUUCUUUCAGAAAAAUGUUUUCACGAAGUCUUGUAAAAUAUGAAAAAUGGAUAUUAAACACUGUGUCACUUGGUGAUAAAUGACAUUGGUUAUAUUGGAUGCUAGUUCUACAGCCAGUUCCUGAUAAGUACCGUUAUUUAUAUUUUAAAAGUUAACUACAAAUUUAGUGUGUAUUCCUUUUAAAGGAUUAUAAAACAUGGCGAGUUUACAGCGCUGGAAGCUGUUAACAGGGUAGAACAGCCACUGAAAAAAUUUGAUAUUUAAUAAAGCCUGCUUUAAAUCUUUAUAUUAUAAAAUUUCAAUAACAGUUGAACUCCCACAGAACAAAACAAAGAUGCAACCUGUGGAAGAAAAUAAAAGAUUUGGAGGAGAAAAGUUUAUUCAUCUUAUUAUAUUUGUAAAUUAUCUGUACAUUUUUCUUUUUGGAAAAGAUGUAAUAUUGUCUUCAUUUUUAAAUAACUUAUUUUAUACAUGUUGUGCAAAUGUAAAUAGUCUUGUAAUUAAUGUUCAAAACCUGUAUAAAAUAGAUAUUUUAACUGUAAAACUGUUUUGUCUAAUGUUUUAUUGGACCAAAGUUGUAGUUUUUAUUAAGUGUAGUGUGUUUCUGGUUGGCAGUUCUUUUAAUAAGGCAUGUGUUUGAUUUAGCUACUUGUUUCAUCACCACAACUGUAAAAGAUUUGAAACUGAACUGUAUUGCAUGCUCAGCUCAACUCCUUUACUUCAGUAACUGAUACCUAAACAAUUGUAAUAUUUACAAAAUCAUAUUUCAUAUUAGUCUGCUGUUGUAAUGCCAUACCUAUGACUUACUAUGCUGAAAAUAUUUUUAUUUAAAUUAAAACAUAAAACCUUUUGCUCUUAUAUGGUGGUCUCGUAAUAGAGCCUAUUUUUUUCCAACAAAAUGCCUUUGAAUGAAAAUUCUUAAAUUGUACAUUGUCUAUUUUAAUAUUUACCUAUGGAAGAUAUGUAAAUAAUUGUAAAUAUAACGUUUAAUAAAUUUUAUUGGUCAUGUUAA